AUGGAGACAAAGAGAUAUAUCUUGAUGCUUUACCUAGGAUAUGACCAGAGUCUGGGUCAUCUGAUUAUAAAUCUCAGGACUGUCCAAUUGCUUCAGGUUGGAGUUACUAAAAUUGUGAUACCACAUGACGAGAAGACACAACAGGAGCUAUGUUGCUAUAAUCAUCACAUGAACCUAGAAAUAAAACCACUCACCAUUUGCCAGAGAUUGCAGUUUGGAAGUUCUCCAGUCUCAAUGGAGGGAAGAGGAAACCAGAUAUGCCACGUUCUCCACCGAGUUCACUCGGUCACCUUGCAAAGAAAAAGAAAGAAAUAA